AUGCCGGCGGACGGGCAGCCUCCGGCUGCCAGCAGUGGCAAUCGAGAUAAGGAUGACUUUCAGGGAGAACAAGGCCAGAGAGGCCGCGAGGCCCCAGGUGGCGCGCCCCAGGGCGCGACCGGCAGCAGCAGCAGUUUCACAUCGGCGCAGGCGCUCGAGCUGAGGAGCAUCUUGCGCGAGGAGAUCAAGGCGGCUCUGGCCGUCUCGGGCACCGCGGGCCCCACGUCGGAAGGCAGAGGCUGGUGGUCAGCCUCAGCCGACGUGCCGAAGGAUUCUCAGGACGACGCGGACUUGGGCCAGAAGAAGUGGGGCGCCAGAGACUGGCGCGGCAGCAGCAGCAGCAGUGCGCGGCGACAGUCAGAGGACUGGUCGUCUUCGUGGUGGGAGAAGCCCGACCUGAGCGACCCCGACGCAUGGUUGGGAUGGAGCGAGUACCGCCUGUGGCGCCGGGGCAUACGACGCUGGCUGGCCGGGACAGGUGUCUCCGUCGGCCGUCGGGCAGACAAGAUCCUGAAGGUGCUGGACCUCGACUUGCGCAAGAAGUUCGAGGAUCUAUCGGACGACAUCCUCGUCUCCGAGGCCGGCCCGCAGGCGAUCCUCGAUCGCUUGGACGUGCUCAGCGGCCAGAGGCAGGACGACGAGAUGAGAAGAGUGGGCCGCGAGUGCUUGUUCGGGUUUCAACGCCGGCAGGGAGAGACGCUGAGCGUCUACGCGGCCAGGAUGGACCAGGUGUUCGACCGCCUCUCUUCGCAGGGGCUCGAGUUGAACAGCAAGUGGCGACGCCUGUUCAUUGAGGAAGGAGUCGGUCUAGACGACUCACAGAAGCAGAUGCUCAAUAUUCUCAGUAAGAAUUCAGGAGAGUACCAGGAUCUGCUCCACGCCAUUCGAGAGAUGGAUAUGCAGCGGAAUGAGAGCCUGACCCAGAGCAAGAAGACGUUCGCAGAGUUCGAGCAGACGUCACAGCCCACGUUCUAUGACGACGAGGAUGCCAGCAGCGUCUCGUCCAUGGAUUCGAGUCAGGAGCAGACCGUGCUGGUGACGCUGGACAAAGCGGACCUCUCGGAGCUAGAAGUUCCCACCAUUUUGGCGGAGCUCGCUUCCGAGAGGCGCAAGACGUGGAAGGAGAACAAGGACUUCAAGAGGCGGCUGAAGGUUUUUCUGACCACACCCGGGGGGGAGAUCAUUGUAGAUACGGCGGCGGGCCAAGGGCUCAUAGGCCCUGCGUCCCUCUCGAAGCUGGACGAGAGGCUCGCCGCGCUCGGUUUUCGGAUCCCCCGGGUGCCCAGUGCCAACAAACAUGCCCAGGGAGUGGGAGGCCGCACCAGUGUUUUGACCGGUCUCCUGGCCCCUACUGGGAUAGAGGGCCGUCUCGGAGUGAUGGAACUCGAUGCGAUCAGCGAAGAAGUUCCAACUUUGAUGCCAAUUGGUAUGCAGGAGGCCUUAGGAGCUGUCAUAGACCUUCCAGAAGAGAAGGUCACCUUCAAGAAUUUAGUCACAACGACGCCGUUGAAGGCACUUCCGUCGGGACAUCGGACCAUCCGGAUUGACAAGUUAGGCUCUCCCGACGAUUUUCACGUUCCAGAGUCGGUGUCGAACAGGUUCGGUGUCUCGAAGUCUGAUUUUGUGCUGCAGCCUGUUUCGCAGUAUAAGGCGUCGAUGAGAGACGGCGGUGACAGUGCCGUUUUGGCGACGUCGAACGACCAGUCGGGGGAGCACGGCGAGGGUAGAUCAGCUUACUGGGGGAUAUCGCACGUGGGCGGUAUGACAGACCAACACUACGUCCUGACCGGCCGAGAUGUGCCGGAAGGAAUGCAGAUGAAGCACCUCCGCUGGGUCCACGUGGUCGCGCAGAGCCUCAGGAUAGAGGAGGCGCUCAGCCUGUCGCUUCUCGACACGAGCCGCACCGGGCGACUCUGGCCGGUGGCCUUCACUCGCAAGCAGCGUCAGUUCACGAUUCAGAUGCUACAGCGUCGUCACGAUCCGCCGAGGCGCAGAGUCGGAGCCAACGCGAGCGCGACCUGGAUCAAGUGCGUCGACUGCGACCUGAGGCUGGCCUACUGGAAUCGCCCAAAGAUCGAGGUGCAGCCCCACCUCCUGGCGAUCAAGGACGACCCGAACCAGAGCAGCGCGGCGAUGCCGAACAUCCGCCGCUACAACAAGGGCCAGGACGACAGGAAGGAGCUCCUGAUCAAGCUGGUCAAGACCGACACCUCCAGGAGUCCGGCCGCGGUGAAGGUGCCGGUCCACUCGGAGGCCACGUCGAGGCCUUCAUACGCACCGAUGCAGGUGGACGAGCUGGCCCAGGCGGAGCGGAAGAGCCGACCGAGGACAUCGGAGAGUACCCUGGCAAAGGAUAUGAAGGAGCUGAAGGACGCGAUUCUGCAGCAGAACGAGUGCAUCCAGCAACACAGCCAGGCUCUGCAGUUCCUCACGCAGCCCCACCUGGCCCAGAUCCAGCAGUGCCAGGAGGCAGCGGUCAUGACGGCGAUUCCGGGCACGCCGCGCCAGGCCGACAAGUGGGAGGUGAUCGGUCAACCAGUCUCCCAGUCGCCGGCGCCGGAGAUGCCGAUCGCAGCGGAGAAGGAUCCCUAA